UGAAAUAAGCGCUUUGUAAAGGCCUUAGGAGAGAUAGGGAAGGCAAACACGCGAGGUCUGAUAGCUUUAACUGCGAUAAUACAAUUUAAAUUAAAUUGUUGUCAAUGGACAUAUAUACAUGUGUACCACAGAUGUACAUGUAAAGGUAUCUAGCAAACACAGAUUGGACCCGUGUACACGAUAUGGUGUCAUAUGUGAUUAAUGGACUAUAUGUGAGACGUGCCGUUGUAUACGUAUAUAAGUGUUCGAUUGUCUGUGUAACGCUUCCGUCAAAUAUUCAACAUGAGCUGAAGACGACUUGUUGAAAACAUCGUUUUUUACUGUAAAUGCGGGAUUCCUAUUAAACUGCAUUUUAAACUACAACAAUGGACCUACGGAACUCCAUGUGGUGGACUUUAACCAUAGUUCUCUGUGAACUCUCAGCCUUAAAAUGUGACAAUGUAGUCCCACGGGCACCGUCCACAAACAACUACACGGUAACCAAUGGCAACGUGACGUGUGUUGUCAUGACGGCGGGUAUACGGCUCACCAUUCCGUAUGUUACAGCUACUAAGAAUGACACAGUAAACAUAACAAUUCCACAGAACGGCACAACAUAUAGUGGAAUGUGUUCCAAACCCGACGGCACGAACCAACUCAACAUAAACUUUCUAGACAACUGGAACUUGACAUUCAUCUUCGCUAACUCAUCAACAGUAGAUAAUUCAUACGAAUGGCAGAUUGCAAUUUUGAGUUAUAUUAUUGACAGUUAUUAUUUCCCGAACGCUACCAAUUCAGGAAAGCACAAUUUGACGUUAACUUUCCCGAACGGAACGAAUGCUGCGCAAUACAACGGUUCCUACCGCUGCGACCGCACGCAAGACGUCCCGCUGUCGAAUAGCGUAACCAUGACAAUGGUGAACUUGAAAUACAGAGCAUUUGGAUCAGACAAUCAGACGGACAUUUCCUCAUCAAAUGUGAGCACGUGUCUUGGUAGCCAUGGCAUCAGCCCGGAAACUGACCUCGCCCUGGCCCUCGCAGUGGGAAUUGCUCUCGGGUCGUGUAUUGUACUCACCUUGGUAGUGUACGUGAUAGCGAGCAGGGCCCGGGGGCACAAGAACCUAAAAUAAGCCAGUGGAAGACAGUACGACGUGUCGUUUUUUUAAUUGACUGGACUCAAAAGAGAUUUCCAUGACAGUUCCAAUAUUUAUCAUAGUUUUAAGUGUUCAUACGUUUUUGUGCAUGAACUGUUUAGUAAAUUAUAUUUACUGCGAAGAUCUAUUACUAAUUAUUUGAAAGAUCUCUCUAAACGUCAUUUUUGGUGCUUUUUUUUAUGAUCGACGACCAUGACAUAUCAUAUGUUCAUUCUGUAUGAUAAAACUAAUAUGUCUUAGCUUGUUUUAAUCUAUAAUAUACUGAAUAUGAGCACGUGCACAUGAAGGAUCGUGAAAUAACACAAUCAUUCACAGUGCUCAAUAGUUUAAGAAACAAAUACGUGUUUCUUUAUUGUGUUUAGAAUGUUUUCAAUUAGGUCUCUUUCAUCUGCAUAUGCAUAUCGUACUUAACAUAUGAGCCGCGUUCUGAGAAAACUGGGCAUAAUGCAUGUGCGUAAAGUUUUGUCCCAGAUUAGCCUGUGCAGUCCGCACAGGCUAAUCAGAGACGUCAAUUUCCGCUUUAUUAUGACAUUUUUCGUU